ACAACACACAGCGAGAGAACGAGCGCAGAUAGCCACCGAGCGCCAGAGCGCGCCGCGUCGACGGCUCACACUGCGCGCGUCGUGCCGACGUCGACGAUUGCGCGACUCUCGACUCCUGGAGCGAGCUCGUCUUCCCCGCGUGCGGAAGUGCAGUUGUGCCGUGUGUUUUUCCCGAGCCGAGGACGAGUCGCCUGUACAGCUUGCUGGACGCUGAUUUACAGAGCCGCGACGAGUUGGAUAGUUCGUGACAAGAGAUUAGCGACGGACGCCCUGUACUGUGCCAGCGCGCAGUGAGUGCGAGAGAGACGGAGCGCUGCUGCAUCGAGAAGGUGCGUCCGCGAGAGAGGCUAUCGUAACAUGGUAUACGGCGACGUCGUUGCCAGAUAUUGGACGUGAAACGUUGCCAUAGUCGCUCUCUCUCUCUCUCUCUCUCUCUCUUACGCGCGCGCGCGCAUUCGCGCUGUUGCCAAGUCUCGCCCGCCUGCUCUCACUCCGCCGUCGUGCUACUACUACACUGUGUGUCUGUGUGUUUUGUGCCGCGGCGACGACGGCGGUGGUAAUCGUAGAGAGCUAUACGACCAGAUAUAUAGAUAUACGGCUCGCGGCUUGCCACGUCGCUUCUUCUUCUUCCUCGCAACUGUGCGCUCUCUCUCUCUCUCUCUCUCUCUCUCACUCGGCUAUUCUGCUCUACACACACACACACCGGGCGUAGUUGCAGAACGAGGAGAGAUGGAGAAACCACAGGCAGAAGUCGGCGUUGGUGGGCCGAAGGAGCGCGCUGACAAGCCCCUCGUCAAGGAUCUCAACGAUCACAUCGUCUGUCCGCUCUGUCGGGGAUACCUUAUCGACGCGACGACACUCGUCGAGUGCCUGCAUUCCUUCUGCCGCGGCUGUAUACUGCGCCGACUUCACAAUGGUCCCAAGACCUGUCCGGUCUGCAGCGCGAGUGCCCUCAACCCGCCGAUCGCGGACGUGGGCCUGCAGCGUUUGGUCUACCUGGUAGUGCCGGGUCUCUUCCGCUCGGAGCAAGAACGGCGCCGACACUUCCGUCAGGUGAACCCUCAGUGCGCCGGCGGUCUGACACAGUUGCCCCUCGGGGCACCGGACUUGAGCUUCGAUGACCUAGUCAGCCUGAGCCUCUGCGAAUUGGACUCGACGAGCGAGGGAUCGACGAGGUACCUCAAGUGUCCUGCCGGUGUGACCGUUAGGCACCUGCUAAGAUUGCUGAUGCUCAAGAGGGGCUGGGACGAUACGGAGGGCAAAGGUCAGCAGUGCGGGAACAACAAGAUCGAGAUGAUGUACGAGGCCAGUGGCUUGAAGAGCGACAUGGAAGUUCUCGAUCCGUCCUGGACGCUCAUGGAUCUCGCUUGCAUCUUCGAGUGGAAGAGGGAAGCCCCGAUGAAACUCCUAUACCGUAUCACUAAAAUAGACGAACCCACGAGCGAUAGCUUCGACACGAGCAGCGGCAGUACCACCACGACGACCGAUACGAGCAGCCAAGCGAUCGAGAACAUCCAGAGGCCACCCACACCUCCUCCCAGUCCCAAACCUGCGAUAUCGCGUACCGAUCCCCUUGACAAAACUCCCAGACCGACGCCUCCCACGACCACGACAACGGUCGUCGAUCAGUAUUCAAGCUCCGAGCCGAAGAAGCCUCGCUGCGAGGUGACGCCGGUCAUGCGGGCACCUGAUCCACCGCCCAGUCUCCAAGAUCGGCAGAAAUCGGCAAAGUUACCCAAGCUCGAGCAUCAGCACAAACGCAAGAAGCGCCGGAACAAGCGCGUCAUCGCCGAGAUCACCACCACGCCGAGAGAAGAUCUACUGAAGCUGAAGGUCCGCCUGACACCGUGUCCGCCCAGGGUCACCUCCAAUACCGGUAGCGGGAGUCAGUCGAAGGAUCAGCUGCUGCACGUGCGGGCCGUGAGAAAGGACAAGACGAAACCCAAGAACCGAGCGCCGAAACCAGGUCCCAUUAUCGAGGAGGUCAAGAGUAUCACGGACAAGGAGUUCACGGAGACCGCCGAGCCGAUCGCCGUCCCCGCGACUCCAGCGAAACCGACAGAGCCCGAAAAACCGGUUGCACCGAUCGCCACCGUGGAGAACGACAAAGUCGAGAAGGAGGAGCCACCGAAGAACGAAGAAGUGCUGCGCAGACUAGGACUCGUGGCCAUCAGUGAAGCCAACAAGACCAGGCAGGAGAAGGCCAAGAGUCCAGCCAGAUCGGCAACGGACAAGGCCGAUCCCGCGGUGGAACGUGAGAAGCUGGAGAAACAGCUGCGUGAGAGCAAGGCCAAUCGCGUUCGCAGCCUGCUGGCGGAGAAACAGAUGCGCGACACCCUCAAGAGCAUCAUGUCCAACAACAAGGAAGUUACCAGUGCCGCCACAACCACCUCGUCUUCCACGCCCAGGAGCGACACGCCGACGACGACCAGCGGCAAGAGAAAAGAGCCUCCGCCACUGACGCCUCUGAGGAACGUCAAGAGGCAGAACGUCACCUUCGCGCCGUGCUCCUUCCCCAGUGGAAAGUACGAGUCGCCGUUGGACCUCAGCAGCCCAUCCAAUGUCUCAAAGGACAACGCUCUGGACCUAUCGUCCAGCGUGCCGGAGCUGACGGUAAGCAAACUUGGUCCCGGAGACAAACCGGUCAGUAUUUUGAGAAACAGCGCUAGCAGGCUGGCGGCGGAGAAGCCCAAGGAAGAGCCCAGGAAGAGCCAGGACACGAAUCUGAGAACCUUGUCCGACGCCGCGGUUUCGUUGCUGGGAGGCAAUCCUCACGUGGACAAGGCUGCAAAGUUACCACAAAACUUCAUGGGCAGUCCGGCAGGUGGUACGAGUGGCAUGGCGAACAAGGUGGCGCUGAGAAUACCCCAGCCGCACCAGAGGAUCACGGGAUUCGGCAUGAAGAUCAAGCCCAACAUCGGCGUCAGGCACAUACCCAACCCCCAGGCUGUCGUCGCUUCGCAGUACCGAAACCAACGGGGCAACUUCUUCAAUCUCGCUCACCAGCCUCCAUAAGUAUGAUUCAAUGAUACCUCGCGGGUACCACCAUUUCUUUAAUGGCUAUAUCACUUCCACUCUUCCCUUGUAUGCUACGUAAUCGCGUUUUAGAUGUGGCGGGUGGGUUUACUUUUCGAGUCGAGAGUUUUCUUAAGGGUUAGCGAGUCACUUGUGCAAUAUAAUGUAUUUAUAGAAUAUGCAGUGGGAGGAGGGUAUAGUUACUUCCUGAUCAUUUGACAUAUUUUCAAUAUUAUUGCAAAAUAGCGAUCGAAUUUUAUCCGUAUUUUAUUCAUUCGAGCAUAUUUCACAUGGUAAAAAGCACCCUAUUUAUUUUAUUCAAUCUCUCGAUGCUUUAUAUUGAUUUUGAAAAAAAAAAAUUAUUUCUGCUUUUUCCUGCGAUAAAAACGCUGGGGUUCGAAUAAAUUGUGAUAUAGACAUCGUUAAAGGCGUGAAAAUGUCACAAAACAAACGUCUCGGAGGCUAAUUGUAAACUAUAUAAUUAAUAUAAAAUCAGAAACGGAUAUGCUUCGGGGGUGGACGCGGGUAUGCGCUGAGAGAAAAAUCCGCUACACAUAACCGAACGCUCUGGCACCGCAUGAUAUUCACUGACUCGUUCCUAAAAGUUGAACAGUUCCUCGCGAAAGCAAAGAAGAGAGAGAGCGCCGAGUUAUCCCAGCGAGAAUUUCUAUUUUGUAAAGCACAAAAUUCCCCUUCGGGCAUAUCUUGUUACACCAAGAGCGAGAAUAAAGAUCGACUUAUGCGUGAGUGCGAAAAAGAAUCGGAAAAGAACCAAGUUAGCUCAGAGUAUCGGACUUAUAUUAUACUCGAUGUUUUUACAUACAUAUAUCCUUCUGGCGCUCAUCCAUAUCCUAUAUAUAGGUGUAUAACCGUGCCAGAGAUGCAGGUAACGAUUAGCGUGUAAGCGAUAAGUAGAUAUAUAUGUACACACUAUAUACACAUAUAUAGGCAGAAGAAGCAGAGAGAAAAGAUCGACACAAACACGCACCGCGGACGAGAGAAUAUGUAUAGGUACGAAGUCACGAGAUGAUCGUUAAAAACGUUCCAUUAUUGGAUGAUGGGAAGGUGUUUUUCAUUUUCAAAACGAGAGAGGAAGGAAAUUUUAAGCAAAACAUGUCAAAAGUAGUUGUCGAAUUUUUAAGAAAAAUUUUACUACGGGUCGUUUGUACUUUCGUGAGCUGCGUAUAUGAAAUAGUAUAUACAUAUUAUAGCUGCGCAGUUGGUCUUACCCUUGCUGUACAGUGGAGAGAUGAACAAGAGAGGCGAGAACUCCUCAGAGAUGCCAAAGAGAGUAUGGGAGAGGGAGAAUAUAUAUACACGAACGUGCAAUGUUUAGUGCAAUUUUAUGAUAUACAUAUAUAUAUAUAUAUAUAUAUAUAUAAUAUAGACACACACGUGUACACCGCGACUAGUUGGGGUAUAUUGGACUUGAUCGAUUGAAGCGCAAAAGUCGUGAGACGACAGGAGCGCACUUAUAUAUGACUCCGUCGAUAUCAAUGAUCAGUUGGACCAACCUUAAAUAUUUUUAUCAUUAUAUAAUAUACCUACAUAUAUAGCGUUAUAAUUAUCACAUAUACUUUUCUCAGUAGCAAACGAAAAAUCUUGAAAUUUUUGUGUUCACGCGACGCGCGUAUAUUUAUUUUAACGAUAAUAUUAUACAAGGAGUGCAAUAUAGACAAUUUUGUAACUCAAUGGAGGCUAGAACCAAAAGAAAAAAAAACACGCGCACGCAUCCUGAAAAAAGUGUCUCUUCUAGAACGAACGCAUACACGUACACACACACACACACACACACACACAGUUAUAAUAUGUUUCCUUUCACACUGUCUUACUGCGUAUAUAGGUAUAAUUUACCAAAGUCCUUGAUAAUAUAGCUGUGCACAAUUUAUUUUUAUAAUAUUUCUAAGAAAACUACGUUGGCGUGCAAUUAAGCCUUAUUUUCUUUUCUUGAUUUUGCGCGAAGCUCACACUCGUCGACGAUCUUCUAAACAAGGCUGCUUAUUAGGUUCAUUGAGCUGUAUUGCGGACGCGUGCAGUCGGUUACAGCGGACACGACAAAAAAGAAACUAAAACACGAGAAAUAUAAAGCAAAAAAAUGAAACAAAAGUGAUUGUAAUAAAACUGCCCACAUACAACUUUGUAAAACCCAUCGAUUUUAUAUAGACUGAUCAUGUUCAUAUAUAAUGUAUAACGUCCUGCAGUGUAGACUAUAAGACGAUAUUAUAUUAUUAUCUGCGCGUCCUUGUGUAAACGAUUUCAUCGACUACAAAAUCAAAAAAGAGAACAAGAGCUACCGUAACUAUUAGAUAAUAAUGGCAUAUAUAAAUAUAACAUACGACAUAGAAGUCUUUUACACUCUAACCCUCGUGGUAUUUCCACUUUCGUUUUUAAAAUGAAAGCGAUAAAUAGUCGGCAAACGUAGUGUGUACGCUAUAGCGAUUGCAUUAUAUGUACACUUGUGUUGUGUAUUAUCGAAGAUACCUAUUAGGUUGCAAUUAACAGAUCUGCUGAAAAGCGAGUCUGGCGACGAAGCUAAUGAUGAUUUUAUCUUCAUUUCGAAGAAAUGGACGUUAUAUGAAAGGCAUCGGUGUAUCGUAACAUAUAUCCCUGAGCUUCCAUAUCGUCUGUUGAAUGAAGUAAAACCAAAACUGUAUCUGUGUAUAGAAAAUCAUUAUUUUCUUUUAAUUAUUAAAAUAAUAUAUAAUAUAACGAUAGACGCAUAUGUGGACACGUAUAUAAAGUAGUAUUUUGUUGAAUUGAUUAUAAUUGAAAAGUUUACCUUAUGUUUUUCUCUAAUUUAUAAGAUCGAUAUCGAGCAGUGCAAUUUUUCGUUUCGAGAUUGAUUACGGAUGUGUGGUCGCAUACAAGUAUGUAUAAACAGUGAUUCGUCAUUAUCAUAAUAUACUGUCAAUCGAUCAAUUUUGUCGUUGGUGCGGCGGAUAUUAUAACAUAUUGUUGUCUAUAUUUAGACGCGAGGCGCGCGUCAAAAGGUAUAAUAUAAUAUAUACAUGUAUAGAAAUGUGCGAGUCUGUUUUAUUUGUUAUCUUGGGAUUAGUUAUCGCUCCUACUUGAUUUCACCUGCAAUUUACUUUAUAUUGUUAUGUUUUACCUACUGCGUACCUUACGACCUCUGUAAUACACAAUGAUUAAUCAUCAAUAAAUAUUCUCUUCACAUGUAAUA